CACGUGUAUCAAAUUUCAACGCAGCAUGAGAACUAGAACAUCGAAAUUCGAAACAAGUAGAAUGGCGACCAAGGAUUCCGAUGUGUAUCACGAAAGGCAAAGGUUACAGUUCUGCCUCUUGCACUCUCUCAACUCCCUCUUUCAGCAAAAGGAUGCUUUCACUCGAGCAAAAUUGAAUGCAAUUUCUGAAAGACUGGCACUUGAUAACUUCAACAAAGAAACAUGGACACCAUUAUCUAUCCUUUUCAAACCUCAUCAUAAUGCCUUGACUGGAAACUACGAUAUAAAUGUUCUAAUUGCUGCUUUGGAAGAGAAAGGAAAGAGUGUGGUUUGGCAUGAUCGUAGAAAUGGAGCAUCUUCCAUUGAUCUCGAUGCGUCUGAAGAUGUAUUGAUGGGAAUUGUGAUAAAUGUAUCAGUGAAAAGGUUUGGUGGGAUUUGGAGAAGUAGGCAUUGGAUCACAUUGAGGAAGAUUGAUGGGGUUUGGUAUAACUUGGACAGUGAUCUUUCUGCCCCUCAACCUUUUCUAGGCACAGAUAAAGUAAGGGACUUCUUGGAUUUUACAUUGGCUCAUGGUGGGGAGGUUUUGAUUGUCAUGAAUGAGAAACAGGCUUAAAAUUUUUCGCUGAAUGUUUGUUAGUGAUUGUGUAUGUGCUUGUAUAUAGUACAAGACUAAUAGCAUUUCAACGGAGAACGUAGCUACGUUUUUCCUUGUGUCUUCGAUGAUUCUUUGCGAGUUUGUUUUGUGAAUAACAGUAAAAAGUUGCUUCUGGAGGAUGUUCUUAAUAAGAAAUAGUGUUCUCUAAUGCACUUGUUAAAUGCAAGCUUCAUUGUGUGUCUUGGAU